CGAUGCUGCUGACUGCCUACCUUAUCCCAACAACUUCCACGCGCAAAUCAUACAACUUCAUCCCAGCCUAAACGAAGAGUUCUUUUUGACAUCAUACAGAGACUCUUGAUUGCUAUUUAUCACAACCAAAAUGCCUGAUCAAAUCACAUCCGCCGCCGACUGGCGCUCCACCGUCAGCAGCAAUGCCGUGGUUGUCGCUGAUUUCUACGCCGAUUGGUGCGGUCCGUGCAGGAUGAUAGCCCCCCAUUUCGAGUCUCUCGCGAACAAGUACGCCAAGCCCCGCAAGAUCGCGUUCGUCAAAGUCAAUGUCGACAACCAAGGCGAGGUCGCCCAGCAAUACGGCGUGCGCGCCAUGCCCACCUUCCUGAUCUUGCACAAUGGCUCCGUCAUCAAGACUAUUCAAGGCGCCAACCCACCUGCUCUUACGUCGGCUGUUGAGGCGGCGAUCAAGCUUGCUGGACCUGGGGCGGUAGGGGGGUCGUCGUUCAGCAGUGGUGGUCAGAGACUGGGUGGGACGCCGGUUGGAGGGCAGAGAGUCGGUUCGGGGCAGAGGGUUACGAGGCCGAUUUCGUGGGAUAUUAAUCAGUGGGUUAAUGCCGUGCUGAGCUUUUUGGGCUUGUAUUUUGUUUCGUUGCUUUCGCUUGACCCCUACAAGUCGGCAGAAGCGUCCCGGUUUAACAAGAAGAACCCGCCGCCGCCGGCCAAGCCGGCGACUGGGCCUGGUGGGAGGCCGGCUGGACGGGCUACGUUCAAGACAUUGAAUGAUUUGGGGACACAACGGACGACCAUGCUUUCGGCCGGCAAACUCCAGAACAGGUGUCCCGGAUGCCGGGCCCAGGUUCUGGGCUUCUACGAUGCUCUCUUGCAGCCGCGCAAUAUUGCAUCCCGCCCGUUUGUCCGCCCGCGCGCGACGCCAGUCACAGCAGCUUCGAGAGCUCUCAGUUCGAGAUCUCGACAACCAAACCCUGUCAGACCAUUCUCGACGACCAAACGGGUGUUCAAUGAGGUGCCGCCGACCGAAAAGGAUACCGAAUCGCAGUCAGCAGAGAAGGAGGCGCAAACAGUAGAAGGAUCAGGGGAAGCAACAGCAGAAGAGAUCGAACUUCUUGUGCGCCAGGCGAGGCAAACAUUUGGAAACACGUUACCCAAGGACUACUUCUCAGGAGAAGAGUAUAAGGUAUACGAAAGAUUAUAUGGACCGCCACUGCGCGAGACGGCACCGGAGGAUGUUGGCCUUCCGCUCAGGGACGAGCAUGGAGAGGUCAUUGACGAAACGACGCCCGAGCACGCCUUGUUCAGGGAAACGGAACAUGGAGACUACGAACAGGUCCAGUACAGGAUCAACCCAGCGGUACCUGGCGGUGCUGUAGAGGCUGCAGACACUUCAGAGCCUGGAUUCCCCGGGGAGCUGGCCGAGGAAGCUACCGAUCUCGAGGCACAAGCUGAGCAGAACCAGCCAGUACUCAGUGAUGCACAUAUCGACUACCUUAAUAUCACGGCCAACAACUCGCGCGAAUACCAUGCUCUGAUAAAGCUUCAACGAGAUUUUGAGGCAGCUGCCGCACUUCAGCCAAUGGAUGAGAUUCACGAAGAAAUCCGCGAGGACGAAGGCAUCACCGAGCAGGACUAUCCAAGGGAAGAGGAGGAGAUUGAGGAGGACGAUGAGUACGACCCCGGGACGGAAUUCGAGGUGGACGAGUCUCGCGACACCAGGGAGCAUCCGUUCACUUCGAUGGGCAAGUUCAAGACUUCACCGAGCACCAUCUACCUGCCAAAGGCCAGCUUUGUUGAGCCGAUUAGCACGCUCCUGAAGCGCACGGAUUCCACACACAUCAGGCAGUGCGGGGAGGAGAAUCUCGGUGGCCCUGGUUUCCCUCACGGUCCGGGAUCACCUCGGUCAAAGGUGAACGUUCCGCAAAAGGGGCUGGGAUUGCAGGCCGGCGUUGGCUGGAUGUCGGAGAUUGAGGCUGAUACGUUCCUCGCUACCAUUAUGCCUGCCGUAUACGCCACGGCUAUGAGCACUCUGGUGGAGGUCAGGAAAAGGCUGGGACCUGAGUGGCUGAGGGGCUUGCUCGCCCGAGAUGGCGGCCCCCGAGUGCUGGAUGUUGGCGCUGGUGGUGCCGCCCUGGCAGCCUGGCAGCAGGUGCUUCAAGCUGAAUGGGACAUCCUUCGUGAAAACGGCGAGGUUUCGGAUCGGUACCCCCCUGGAAAGAAGACAACAGUCGUCGGCAACGACCACCUUCGGCAUCGCGUGUCCCGCUUCUUGCACAAUACGACCUUCUUGCCCCGUCUGCCGGAUUAUCUGCAUGUAGCCAAUGAGCACGAUAUGGGUGUCGGUGACAAGCCGGCGCCGCGGAAGCAGUACGAUGUCAUCAUUGCGUCCCACCUGCUGAUGCCGCUGGACAAGGAGUACAAGCGGAAGGACAUGUUAGACAACCUCUGGAAGAUGCUCAAUCCGGAAGGUGGUGUGCUCAUUCUCCUGGAGAAGGGGCACCCGCGAGGCUUCGAGGCGGUAGCCGACGCUAGAGACCGCCUCUUGGAUAACUUUAUCCUCGCACCCCAUUCGGAGCCUCACGCUGACGAAGUCCGGACCUCGUCUCAGCACGUUCGUGAGCCCGGCAUGAUCAUCGCGCCUUGCACCAAUCACCAAAAGUGCCCCAUGUACCACCAGCCUGGUUUCAGUCCCGGCCGCAAGGAUUUCUGCCACUUCCAACAGCGCUACAUCCGGCCUCCCUUCCUGCAGCAGAUUCUUGGAGCCUCUCGGCGCAGCCAUGAAGAUAUCGCCUUCAGCUAUGUCGCGGUACGCAGGGGUGCUUACCCAGAAGGGCAUACGCCGUCGGCAGAUUUUGCUGCUGCUGCUGCUUCUGCUGCUGCUGAUGUAUCAUCCGAUGCCGGCCCGUUGACCACCAUCACCUCUGAUAACGCACCCGUCUACGUGCAGGGCAAGGAGGCUUCGGAUCUCGCUUUCAAGGGGUACGAGGCGGAAGAUAGCAAGAAGCCCCAUCCGCUCUCGCUACCCCGCAACAUCCUCCCACCGCUGAAGCGCCACGGCCAUGUUACACUCGAUGUCUGCACACCGCAGGCGACGAUUGAGCGGUGGGUGGUGUCCAAGUCGUUCUCCAAGCAGGCGUACCGGGACGCUCGCAAGGCUCAGUGGGGUGACCUGUGGGCUCUGGGCGCCAAGACGCGCACCCUUCGCAACGUUCGCCUUGGCAGGGCCGGGCAGGACGCGGUUGUGGUGAAGGAUGCUGGCGUGCGCUCCCGGCGGGCGCUGGAGGCGGCGGGUAGGAAGCGGGACAAGGUGGUGGAGAUCAAUGUGCACCCGCAGUUUGGUGUCACUGGUGCCUAUGAGAAGCAUCCCCGCGGCAAGACUCCUGAGCAGAGGAGAUCCAGGAACGGCAGGAAGGUCAGGAUUGAGAAUUUGAUGGAGGAGAUGGGUGCCAAUGAGCUUCCUGAUCCGGAUGACAUUGAAGAUGCCGAGUACCUGAAGAGCAAGGACCUCUAG